GAAAUUCUGUAAAUUUUUAUAAAUAUGGUAUUAUAUAUGGAUUUAAAGUAAAUAAAGAAAUUUUGAAAGAAGUUGUAGAUGAGCUGUUUUCAAUUUAUAAUUUUAACACAGACAUAUUUACGGAUACGUCUUUCUUACAAACAGUUUAUUUACUCUUUAGAAAAAUUGAAGACACUUACAAGACUCAAAGGAGAAACGAUAGAAUGAGUAUAAAUAACAUAUUUUUUAUGAAUGUUGCAAAUAAUUAUUCUAAGUUAAGUUUGGAACAAAGGGAAUUAGAAAUUCACAAUUCGAUGGCCUCAAGAUUUUAUUCAAAAACAAUGUUUUCUGCGUUUCAAAUGUUAUUUUCUACAAUGUUAAGUAAUGAAGCAAAUCAUCUUGAUAAGGUUUAUGGGAAAAGUGGUAAAAUAGGUAUAGCAACAAGUGUCUCUGCAUAUCUUACUUUUGCUUAUGUAUAUAAUGGAAGUAUUAUGGAUAGUUUAACUAACAGUUUAUUACCACCUUAUGCUAAAAAACCCAUAACUCAAUUAAAAUAUGGAAAAACAUUUGUUUUUUCAAAUUAUUUUAUGUUAGCUUCGAAAAUGUACGAAAUGUUAAAUUAUAAAAAUUUAAGCCUUUUGUGUGAAUAUCAAGCUGUAGUCAGUGCAAAUUAUUACUCUUCUAAAAAGGUAGAUCAAUUCCUUGGAAGAAAAUUUUUCCCCCUUACUACAACAUUUCUGUAUUUGAGAUUAAAACAAACAAGCGGAUUUUCAGGUCUUGGAUGGUUUCAACUUUUUGGAAAAUGGGAUAAUAAUGAUCCCCCAGCAUUUUUGUAUUUUCAUUUUUUUCUUAAUUUAUAUUUUGACUCUGGAAAAUAUUUUCCUGGAGGUUUUUCAACGUCUUUAAGAGAACAAACAGAACACGUAACCAAAAUGGGUUAUAUUAAAAAGCCAUCGGUUCAGGGUUUUACACAGAGCGUGUUUUUGCAACUUACUAAUAUAGUCAUGUAUGCUCUUUGUUUUAUGGACAUUUCACAAAUAUAUGCUUAUUUCGAAAAUGUAAAUUUUUAUAUUAUAAGUAAUAUUCGUUUCCUUGAAAGAUAUUUUAAUAUAUUCAAUAAAUACUUUAUAGAACUUUUCAGAAGAAAACUUAAAGAGUAUACAAGUGAUGUACUUCUAAAAUACGAAUACGAAACUUAUAUAAAUAUAAGAAAACGUGGUUAUCUUGACGAGGCCAUGGAAGCCAGAAUUGCUGCUAAAAAUAAAAUAAAGGAAUAUUUAUAUGAUAAUGAUGAAAAUAUUAAAACUAAUUUAAGAAGAUAUGCUAUGGAAAAUAUGCAUAAAAUUAAUAUGUCGACAUAUGUGGAUGACUAUAUUUUUUUUGAUGAUUGUGAUAAAAAUGAGGAAUUUCUAAAUGAUAGAUGUAAUAUGUGUCCUGUUUAUGAGGAAUCCGAUGAAGACAACCAGAAGGAUUUAUCGUCAAGUAGUAUGGCUAUAACAAGAGUAAAAAGUAGAACUACGAAAUUUAUUGAUUAUAAAAAAUUUCCUGAAGAAGCUUCAGUAGAAUUGUCGGAAGAAGAAAAUAGUGAUGAUGAUAUAAAUUUAACUGAUAAUGCAUUGAUGAUUACAAAUAUACCACAAAAUGAAUAA